AUGGGUGUCGUGUCCAGACUAAACAACGCUAGCCUUUUUUUAAAGCACACGGGGAAGGGUGUGAACGGGUCGAUCGUUCAUGGUGUUCUUCAAACAAAUGAGCUACGGUACAACGAAACGGUGUGGCAGCCUGCGAUAAAACACACGAGUAUGCAAAUGAGGUUCGAAUGCAAUAACAUGCGCGACGGACUGGAACUCGAUCAGUGCGCCCACAUGCGGAGUCUCCGAAUAGAGCAAGGUGAAAAGUUUUCUGGUCGUUGGUCGGGUGGCUCCCCCAGCUUGGCUCGCCAAAUAGCACCCUAUCGGCAGGUUUUCCCUCGUUUUGUGUUAGCCUACCGGCGUGAGAUUCCCAUCAACUGA